AAAAUGGAACGCCGAGGGUGCCAGAGAGAUACAGAUACAUUCGGGCAGCGAGUGCGGGCGAGAUAGAGCGACAACUCCUGUUCCCGGUUCGCCGUCGUUUGUCUUUCCCAUAUUCGCUUCUCGUAUUCCCAUUCGCAUUCGCAAUCCCAAUUCCCAAUUCCCGUCACACGAGUUAGCAGCACAUCGCACAGCUGCAUCGCUCCGCUCCGAUCCUUUUUCUUUUUUGUUGUGCUUUCUGUGGCGUGCUCAUUUGGAGAACAGAGUUACCCCCUUUUUCAUUUGUCGGUUGUCAACGACGCCCCUGCAGGCAGAAAGCAGAAACUGAAACAGCAGAGGAAGAAGAAGCAGCACAGCACGGCACAGCACGAAGCACACAGCACAAGCACAGUGGCGAAGCGAAGCAAAGCAGAGGCAACACAGAAAAACAGCAAAGCAUCGGAGUAGUUGUUUGGAUGUGGACGGAAAGGAAGACUGGCGGCGACUAACUAAAAGGUAUUUGUUGUUCACCCACUCAUCUGUGUGCGUGCAGUGCGCUAGUGAAAAGCUGUUCUCAGCGUUUUGCCAAAAAGACAAGAGCAGUACAUUGACAGGAGCAGCUCGGAACGGACAGGAUAAAGCAGGAGAUUAAACAGUCAGCAAUAGAUUGAUUUGGCGUAUAUAUAGUAGCUUACACCUAAGUACAUAUUUAUAUAUAUAUACAAAUAUAUAUAUAUAGCCAGUCAGCCAGCCGGGCACUUGCGGAUCAGCCAACGUCCUGGGCCCCAAGAAGAAAGAUACCACGAUACGGAUAUACACCGAUACCACCAAUCAUUAGCAGGCGACAACGGCACAUCCGCAUCCGCAGAAGAUGUCCAACGGCAAGGCGACGGUCUCGUUCUUCGAGAACGGAAGCACCACACAGUUCGAGUACUGCUACCAGCUCUAUCCCCAGGUUCUUAAGCUGAAGGCCGAGAAGCGAUGCAAGAAGCCGCAGGAACUGAUCCGCUUGGAUCAGUGGUAUCAAAAUGAACUGCCCAAAUUGAUUAAGGCACGCGGCAAGGAUGCGCAUAUGGUAUACGAUGAGCUCGUCCAGUCGAUGAAGUGGAAGCAGUCGCGCGGCAAAUUCUAUCCGCAGUUAUCCUACCUGGUCAAGGUCAACACACCGCGCGCCGUAAUCCAAGAGACAAAGAAGGCCUUCCGCAAGCUGCCCAAUCUGGAGCAGGCGAUCACAGCUUUAUCGAACCUCAAGGGCGUCGGCACCACAAUGGCCAGUGCACUGCUGGCGGCUGCCGCUCCCGAUUCGGCACCAUUCAUGGCCGACGAGUGCCUGAUGGCCAUACCAGAGAUCGAGGGUAUCGAUUACACCACCAAGGAGUACCUCAACUUCGUCAAUCACAUUCAGGCCACCGUGGAGCGCCUCAAUGCGGAGGUGGGCGGGGAUACGCCGCACUGGUCGCCGCAUCGCGUGGAGCUGGCCCUCUGGUCUCACUAUGUGGCCAACGAUCUCAGUCCCGAGAUGCUCGACGAUAUGCCGCCGCCGGGAUCCGGCGCCUCCGCCACUGGCACCGGUUCACUCAGCACAAACGGCAGCAGCAGCAAGGUGCUCGAUGGCGACGAUACCAACGACGGUGUGGGUGUCGAUUUGGACGACGAAAGCCAGGGAGCAGGCGGUCGCAACACUGCUACAGAAUCGGAGACGGAGAACGAGAACACCAACCCGGCUGCUCUGACGCCUCUUCAGUCGGGCGAGGCCAAGAACAACGUAGCUGCCGUAGGCGCCGCCCUGCAGGACGGUGACUCCAACUUUGUGUCGAACGAUUCCACCUCCCAGGAGCCGAUCAUCGAUGACAACGAUGGCACCACACAGACAACGGCCACCACCUCCACAGAGGACGGCGAGCCCAUAGCCCUGGGCAUUGGCAUCGGUUUGAGUGGCACACCGCUCGCCUCCGACUCUGAAAGUAAUCAGGAGGCGCCGCCCAAGACCAACAGCCUGACUAUCCUGACUCCAACACAGCAUUCGACCCAGAAUCAGACGCAGGCGCCAAGCCAGCCCCACAAAACCAACAAUUCGAUCACCAACAAUGGCCAGGCGGCUCCAUUGGCAGCAGAGGAGGAAGCGGUUACAGCAGCACCACAGCCAGCCAGCAAAGCGACUGCAGCACCAGCCAAUGGAAAUGGAAACGGAAACGGCGUCCUGGGCGACGAGGACGAGGAUGAGGCGGAGGACGAGGAGGAAGAUGAGCUGGACGAGGAGGAUAAUGAGGCGGAGCUAGAGGCUGACGAGAGCAAUAGCAGCAACGGCAUUGUGAGGGACAGUAAACUGCAGCAGCUGGCGGCGAACAAGGCGGCGGAUGCGGUUUCGCCGGUAGCGUCAGCGGUUGCAGACUCAGCGCCAGCUAUUGGACAGAAGCGUACGGCCCUGCACUGCGAUAUGGAGCUGAAUAACGCCGGCGGAGUGGGUGUGAGCGUGGGGGAGAAGUCACCGGAGCUAAAGAAACUGCGCAGCGAAUGAGGCGGAGGUGAGGAUACGAAAUACGGAUACGGAUACGGAUGCGGAUCAGAAACGGGGAUCGGUACGGUUCGGUUCAGUUCGGCACGGUUCGGUUCGGUUCGCCGCGUAUCUGGUGGAAAGACAUAUGUAUGUAGUGCAGUUGAGUCGACAUAGAGACAUAGAGCAACAUUACCUACACUUUACCACAACAACAUUCAAGAAAUUCUACUAUUAAGCAACUAAUUAUACAUACAUAUAAUAUAUUAUAUAUAUAUACAACAUAUAACGAGAAGCGAACACCCAACACACUCCACUCUCAUACACACAACAAGACACCACACACACACAACCCGACAUAACAUAAACAUAACCGAUCAGAUCAGAGCGGAAUAUAAGAUCCCGAUCCAGAAGGCAGUAAGCAGUACUACAAACAACAUUUCAAUAGCAUAGGAAGCGC